CGGCUCAGGAGGACCCAAGAGGCCCUGGCUUCUCCCAGCACCUUCCCGCGGGCAACCUGGCUGAACUCUGUGUCCCCAAACCCGAAGGAGCAGGGUACAUAGCUCUCUGGAGCGUCAGGGAGUAUCUACCGAGCAGAUGCACCUGCGGAAUGGUUUUGAAUGUGCGAAAGCGCAGGGGACCUCGACUCACAGGACAACCCUGAAAGACGGACAGCAUCAUCCCUGUGCCUCAGAGGAGGAACCCGAGACUCAGAGAGGGAAAGCAACAAGCCUGAGGUCACGCAGAAAAAGAGCGGCCAGCGGGGAGCAGAGCAGCGCGGGGCCUCGCCUGGGUCCUGGGUCCUCCGAGCAUCGAGCAUCGGCGGACAGCGGAUACCUGUGCGCGGCGGGGGAGGGGCCACCUUGGAAUCCACUGUCCCCGCGCCCCUCGCAGCCCCUGGCCGACGCCACCCUCCGGAGUGAGCAAAGGCCAAAGCGAAAACGAGCCCUGAAACUUCAGCUGGAAAAGCGAGGCCGGCUGAUGUCGGAUAAGGAGGGAUCGCCGCUCACCAGCUGGGCGCCCUCCGCCCCCACUGCACCGGCCUGGCUGGGGCGGGCGGCCGCCGGGGGGCGUGGCCCGGAGCCCACCCCCACCGCCCUGCCGCAGGUGACGCCCGCUGGAGACCCUGCCCCGACACUGGCCUUGGACACUGGCCUCCUCCCACAGGGGCAGCAUCUCUGGACGGUCCCUCUGCUGGAGGAGGCGACCCAUCAAACAGGCUGGUUGGAGGGAUGGGACUCGCCGAGGCCCGACUGGGAUCCGGGCAAGUCAGCGUAAUGGGAACGAGGGGCGCACUCCUGGGGGUGGGAGCUCUGGACCCACGAAGUCGCCUGGGGAGUUAAGAGAGCUACGAAGACAAAAGGCACUAUUCGUCCUGGAGGGGCAGGCGCUCUGACGUCGGGGCCACCCGGUUAAAAUCCCAGCCUGACCACUCCUCGUUCCAACCUUGGGCAAGCCACUCAACUUCUCUGAGUCUUGUCAUCAUCUGUAAAAUGGGGAUAAUAAUAGUAACAAUUCACUUGGCAAAUACAGGAUUAGAUUUAAUGUAUGCAAAGUAGCUCAUAAUUGGUAAGUGCUCAAUUAGUGGCAGCUACCCUACUGUCGUUGAACUUAGGGAAGAUGAGACAGAAGGCCUAGGAGGACCAUAGACCUGGUUGAGGAGAGGAGAGAUUGGGGGCUGAGUGG